AUGCCACGCACCCGCGGGGACAAGGGGACCCCCAAGGACACGGAGCCCCCGCAGAAGGAGAAAGGCGGGGGCGAGGCGGGGGAGAAACCCCCCCAAGCCCCCGAGGAGGCCCCGGCCCACAAGAAUUCCGGCUCCGAGUCCCGGCACGGCAGCCACGGGCAGAAGAGCGGCAAGAAGGGCCCCGUGGACCCCCACGCUGCGGCCACCAAGACCUACUCCCCUUUCCUCAACACCGUCUUCGGCAAGGAGCGGGAGCUGUCGCCGGAGGAGCUGGAUGAGCUGCUGGACGCCUUCAAGGAGUUCGACACGGACCAGGACGGGUACAUCAGCUACAAGGACCUCGGCGAGUGCAUGCGGACGCUGGGGUACAUGCCCACCGAGAUGGAGCUCAUUGAGAUCUCCCAGCAUAUCAAGAUGAGGAUGGGCGGGCGCGUGGACUUCGAGGACUUUGUGCAGAUGAUGGGGCCGAAGCUGCGGGAGGAGACGGCGCACAUGGUGGGCGUGAGGGAGCUCAAGAUCGCCUUCCGGGAGUUCGACAUGAACGGGGAUGGGGAGAUCAGCACGGCCGAGAUGCGCGAGGCCAUCGCAGCCCUGCUCGGGGAGCAGCUCAAGGCACAGGAGGUGGAUGAGAUCCUGCAGGACGUGGACCUCAACGGGGAUGGGCAUGUGGACUUCGAUGAGUUUGUCAUGAUGUUGUCGUCCCGAUAA